UUGACAGAAUGUGGAAGGAAGACGUUUGGAUCUUCGCGCAUUGUGGGAGGCCAAGACGCAAGACCUCAUUCGUGGCCAUGGCAACUAUCCCUUCGCAUUUCCGGCGGGCACACUUGUGGUGCUUCACUGCUGAAUGAAAACUGGGCUUUGACGGCUGCACAUUGUGUUCGGGGUAACCCUUCACAAUACUCUCUUGUUCUCGGUACGUUUCGUUCGGGAAAUCCCAGUAGCCUGUGAAUACAUCCCUCUCUUCUCGCUCCUCGCUCCUCGUCUCUUCGCGCGAGAGACGAGACGUAGGGAACGUCUGUAGCUGCUGGGAGCUAGGAGAGACGUCUGAAUUCGAAGGUUGGGUUCCCGGGGAAGGAGGGUGCAUGGGUACUCUCACAUUAAAGACUAGGAGAGCGAUUUUCGUUUUACUUUGGAAUGAACGCACGAAUAAAAGCAAAACAAGUAACAAUAAGAAUUUGUUUGCUUUACUGAACAGGACGAGCCCGGCCCAAUUUUGGUUUGGCUAACACGUAACUUAUUCCCAGCUGAAGAAAGUUUGCUGGAAAGUAACUUGAGUAACUUGGGCUACCGAUUGGACAAUCGAACGAUACUUAUUUUUUCCAUCGUACAGUUUUCUUUGGCAAGAAAACGACGAGUCUAUCUGUUGUCUGCUAAUUGGCAAUUAUUGAAUGACGGCUGAGUAGGAUGCGAAGAAUUAUACAGAUCGAGGAGGAUCAUGUUAGAUCGAGGAGAUCCGCAUAAUUUUAAUGAUGAUCGAAAUCUGCAUACGAAAACCAAUUCAACAAUUGUUUUAUUAUUCAUUCAAAACAUCUCUAAGUUCUUUUUAAAAUAAGCUUUAAUACUUCCUCGAAGACUUUUUCCUAAACUUUGGGCUAUUUCCGGCAUGGCGGUUUCAGGAUAUGAACGGACGUUAUUAAUUUUUUUUUGCACAUACUCCUCAAAAAGGAGAUAACAUCCAUCAAGCAAAUGUUUUGCGUAUCUUGCAUUUCUUUCGUUCAGUUUUGUCUUCGGAUAGCCGUGAACGCCAUUUUUUAGUUCACUCCAGGCGGCCACGUCUGGAAAAGGGGUUGGUCGAUGGUCUUUUGCCCAAGCAGCCUUGUUUUUAGGCCUCUUUUAUACCAUCGAUCAACCUCGUUUUGCUAUCGAAUCGAUGGUAUAAUGUUCGCAUCUUCGAAAUUUUUGUCAACGCCGGUUGGUUGUGAAGAAUUAGCCGUGGGCUUUAAGCCAAUCAAAAAUGGCGAAAUAUUUUGAAUGUAUAAUAAAAAACAAGUAACGAACACCUGCGAAUCUCUUUUUCAAAGUCAAAUAAAUAUCGCUUUAUACAUUGUUAUACAGCUGUAGGUCUGUGCCGAAGAAUAAGGUAUAAUCUUUGAGGUGCUUAAUCUAUAAAUGGAGUAUUUUUCUGGCUUUUUGUUCCUUCGAUAGGGCUCCUUUAAAUCCGCUAAAAUCGCCUAAUCCUGGGACAUAAACUCCUAUCAAAAACUGAACUACUCGUGAAUAAAAAGUCGAUUGGUUUGUACGUGAGUGAGAUGACAAUCUCAAGGGGCACGUGUGAAACGUUUAUGUUCUUAGCUCAUUUUGACUUUAUCGGUGUUUGUUAUCGGGGGUAUAUAUAGAUAAAAUGAUCUGAGGGGAAACAAAAAUUAUUUCGAGUUAGCAGAAGACAACUGUAUAUCGUUAUACUUCCCAGGUAGCCUUCAGAUGUGGCUUUGGGACGUCUUUUUUUUUAGCUUAAAGCAGUUUUAAAAUUGACUAACGAGAAGGAAUUUCUUCUUUCAAAGGUGCUCAUGGUAGAAAUAAUGACGGCGACGUUUACAGAGUAUCACGUGUAAUCAUACAUCCUCAAUUCAGCGAGUCGAAUUUACGUAACGACAUAGCAGUAUUAAGACUGGAACGUCCAGCAAAUCUUAAUAGUAAAGUGGGAACCGUCUGUUUGCCAUCUCAAGGGUCGCGCGUCCCUCCAGGAACAAGAUGUUAUGUCACAGGUAUAUGCGCCCUGCUAUGGCUUGAUAGAUUGUGCUACAACCAGUUGCAAAAGUACUUGAGACAUUGUACCGUAUUUUGACUUAAAUGGCCUGUCCAUGAUCUCGUGCUGGUGAUCCCCCUCCACCCCUUAUCAAAGUUGCUAGCAAUACAAGACCAUGCACAAAACUUGGAGGAACAACGUUGAAUGGAAUGGAGGAGAGAGGUCAGUAUUAUAUCUCACAGACCUGUGGCUGGCUGCGAUUUGAAGCAAGAAAGGUCGUUUUUUCGUCGGAGUGUCUCAAAAUUUUUGCAGCUGGUUGUAACAUAGUCUUUGGCAUAAUUUGUCAUUACGAGCAUAAUUUUGAUGUAUUUCGCGAAAAAAGCACUGCUACAAUAAUUUGCACUUUUGGCUAGUUUUGCAGCACAAAACUGUCAUUUAUUGAUCAUGCAACCAAUUUUUUUGUUCCGAGUUAAGGGUUACGGGUAACGGAGCAACAAGUUUUUGUCUGCUUAGGAAGGACCCAGGACCUUUCCACAGGACUCAACGCAUGCGCAUAACUGACUAGCUUGGUUACCCAAGAUGGCCCCUGUGUCCUGGUUUUUUUCUUUGAAUUUUUAUAGUUUUCAGAGAAUGAAUUAUGCACUCUUACAGUUUUUAGGUGUAAAUAGGGUAAAUGUGUUGGCCAUUUACAUUUUUGUUACAUAGUUAUUGAGGAAUUGUAAACCAAAUUUGACGUAAAAAGUAGAAGCAUAAUUUCUGAAUAUUUUGCUAAAAUGAACAUAAUUUACAAAAACUAGCAUAAUUAUUGACAUAAUUAUAGAAAUGUACGAGCAAUGCUAGUAGCAUAUUGUGCUACUUUUAGUGUAAUCUAUCAAAGCCUAGCUAUGGAUAUCCGCUCCAGUUCUUCUGCCUCAGUCCUUCCCCAGUCGCUUGCGAUCACUUUUGAGGGGAUAUUUGAGUUGAUAGGGAGCUUAAGCAACAGCGGACACGUCAACCCGAAGUGGACUUUUUGCAUCAUUGGGUAGCAAUACAAAUUUGUUAGCGUCAAGGCAUAUAAAAAAGGAGAAGGCCUCACUUCCGGGUGACGAGCGUCGCUCAAAAACGUCUUUGCUUAAGCUUCCUACAUAAUAGGAAAGCGGGUGAGAGGAGAGUUUCCCUCUUUUUCUCUUUUUCCUUCCCAUCACUCCCCGCGCCGCUCAGACUCUGAGCUCGUUCCCAAUAUAGCUCUCAAGUUUCUCGUUUGUCCGUGGGUCGUGGCUAGAUGGAAUCACUCAGAAGGAGGUGAUCGAGGAGGACUAGAAACGAGAGUUGCUUUGGCAAUCUUCGGUUCGUGAGACAAGAUGGCACAUCUCGCGAUCAAUUUACGUCGUCGGACUAGCAGAAUUUAACAAUAAAGAACUUCGAACGGCAAGGGAAAUGUAUCUGAGAUUAUUUUAGAUUCCUCUGUUCCUUAAAAAUAAGGAAUCUUUCGAUAAUAAUAGCGUCAGGGAGCAUACACCUCAGAAUUGCCAUGCAGAGUGUUUUAGUUCUUAUUCCUUCUUUUGGACAAAUCAACGUUUCAAAAAUUGGUCUGAAAUCAAAAUCAAUAAAAGAAGUUAUGUUUUCAUUACAUUUAAACAGGAUGGGGGCGAAUCAACUCGAACAAUAAUGUAUUGGCAACAACCCUUAAACAAGCCAACGUCCCAGUGGUAAGCAACGCACAAUGUCGUCAGAGAAAUGGUGGAAUUGUGGAUGAGAAGUCUAUGGUUUGUGUCGGGGGUCAAGGAAGUAGCGUGUGUAUGGGCGACAGUGGUGGUCCCCUGUCGUGUCAGGAGAGUGGCAAGUGGGUUGUUCGUGGCGCGGCCUCUUGGGUUACGAGUAGAACGUGUCCCGGGAAUACUUAUUCUGUGUACGCUAGGGUUAGUUCUUAUGUAGACUGGAUCAAUAAGUACGUUCAAGGU